AUGACCACUGUGGAUACCCCUGUUACUGCGGUAAACCCUGAACAAUCCACGAUUAAGCAUGGUCUUGAGGAUGAUGUGGAAGAAUCUACCAGAAAGACUAUCAAACUGGACAAUUCUGAGCCUAUUAAGGAUGAGGAUAGUGAUGAUAUCGAUACUGAUGUCGAUGAAGACAGUUUGGAUGAUGAUGAUGAUGAUGACGAUAACGAGCUUAGAGAAUACGCUUUUGAAUCAGACCCAGAAGAAAAACUACCCAAGCGUCUUUGGGAGCUGGAUCCUAUGCCUCCUCUUCAAUCCAUUAGAAUCACCAAGAAUACUUGUACCGAGGCAAGAGCGGUCUUGAAAUCUCACGGUUAUAUGAAGUUCUUAGAUAAAUUUGUUCCACCAGAUCCCACUGCUGAUGAUAUUCUCACGCUCGCCAAGCUUUUGGGGUAUGUUCCAAACAAUGUUGAGAGACUUAGAGCGUCGAAGGAUCCUCAGGAUUUUUUGCAUAGAUGCAUUGUCUACUUGAGAGAGGCCAUUAAUAGAGUGCUUAGAUCGCGUACUCGGCUACCAAACUUCCAUACUGUAGACGACGUUUGCAAUGCGCUCAAGAACGCAAAAAACAUAUUGGUUCUUACCGGUGCUGGUAUUUCCACGUCCUUGGGUAUUCCGGAUUUCAGAUCAUCCACUGGUUUCUACUCCAAAAUGAGGUAUUUGGGAUUAGAUGAUCCUCAGGACGUGUUCAGUAUUGAGGUAUUCCGUCAGGAUCCAUCAGUAUUCUAUAAUAUUGCACAUCUGAUUCUUCCUCCGGAUAAGGCAUAUACACCUUUACACGCUUUUAUCAAGUUGCUUCAAGAUAGAGGUAAGUUACUUCGAAACUAUACUCAGAACAUCGAUAACUUAGAGGCCAACGCUGGCGUUCUGCCUGAGAAGCUGGUUCAGUGUCACGGUUCCUUCGCCACAGCUAGCUGUCUUACCUGUAAAUAUAAGGUGCCCGGUGAUGUACUUUUCCCUAAUUUGAGGGCCAAAGAAGUCGCUUAUUGUCCGUUCUGUGCCUCUGAAAGGAAGGCAUUACAACAAAGGUAUGAUAAGAUGGAGGAUGAGGGUGGUUAUUCAAGACGAUUUGAAGAUAUCAACUCCUUUGGCGUGAUGAAACCCGAUAUUACUUUCUUUGGAGAGGAUUUGCCUGAAAGAUAUCAUACCUACAUUAAGGAGGAUGUAAAGAACUGUGAUUUACUUCUUUGCAUAGGUACCUCUUUGAAAGUUGCUCCUGUUAGUGAGAUUGUUAACAGAGUUCCUGACGAUAUUCCCCAAAUACUUAUUAAUCGUGAUCCUAUCGAUCAUUGUGAGUUUGAUGUUGAGAUGCUGGGAUAUUGUGACCAGGCCAUAACUUGGUUGUGUGGUGAGAAGCUACACUGGCGUAUCUACCACAAGGAUUUCGAUAAGAUCCUACAAUCUGGUCUUACUAUGGAGGUUUUAGAUGAGACUUUUGGUUCGUACCAAAUCACUGAUGCUGAGCAUAGACGCAACAUUGCUGAGGCCAAGGCUAAACGCGAAAAGGAGAUGGAGGAUAAGGACAAAAAGAAAAAGGCCUCUGAAGUUGAAGUCAUAGAGGUGAGCUAA